AUGUGCUUCGCGCCAUCCAGCUACAUCAAGACCGACGGCGGGCGCCACGACAUGUUCGCGAUUGGCUCUGGAGUGGCGCAGGGCUGUCCUGCAUCAGGCUCGGCCUGGGCGAUAGCCAUGGACCCGAUUAUCCGUCACCUCGCUUCGUUGGUGGAGCGCACGAACGGCGCGCCGAUCCUGGACGUUGGCUACCUGGGCGCACGCGCUGACGACAUCGGCCUGCUGACGAACUCUUUCGACACGUUGCGCCAAGUGACCGCCCCGUUUGCCGCUGCGGAGGAGCUCGCGCACCUCUCUUUGAAACCGCGGAAAUGUUUUGUCGUGCCUCUCUGGUCCGAUGCGCCCCCAGCUACCAUCGCCUCCACGAAAGCGCUCCCUGCCGAACUCGGACCUCCAUGGGGCGUUUUUUUUGGUCGCGGGGCGUGCCAAGAUCUUGGGCACUUUUCUCGGACCCGAUACCUCGUUGGCCUGCCAAUGGCUCGCCCCUGA